AAAGGUGACUUCCUCGUUAAAAAGAAUAAAAGACGAUUCUCGUGUGUUUAUUGUUAUUUUAGCUGCGAUCAAGAGACGUGAAGAUGUCUCGUACAGGUGGACUCUCUGAGGUUUUCGAAGCAGAUGGAGUAACCCUGAUGAUCUGUGGCAUGAUGAGUCGCGAGGUUGAAGCAAGGACAGGGAAGAACUACGACAUGUUCAAACCCGAGAUGUACAGGACGCAGGUUGUGGGCGGGUUCAACUACUUCAUUAAGGUCCAUGUGGGAGGAGAUGAUCAUGUUCAUCUCCGCGUUUACCAAAAACUGCCAUGUGAUGGAGGAACCCUUGAGCUGACUGAGAUUCAGCAAGGCAAAAGCCACCACGACCCCAUUGAGUAUUUCUAAAGGGACCACAAACAUAACAAAGCAUCCUAUCAGUGCCUACAGGCUGUUUAAUCAACUAAUCUCACAAUAACCCGGCUCUGUACCUAACAGUGUUACCCUACAUCUAAUUGUAUACGGUCUUAGUAGUGUAGCUCAUGAUGUUAGGAGAAUGUUAACUAAUUUUUGUUUGCCUUGAAUUAAUAAAAUAUAAUUGAAUAAA